AUGUCCAUUUUGUUUGUCGACCUUGAAUUCUUGAGUUGUGCAUUUGGAACAACAGUUCCUUCCAAUGAACAUCUCAGCACACUAAGGUUUGCAACAGUAUACUCCACAACAAUAUUGAAGUUGAUUGCUGUACUAUGCAGGUUAGUGGUUGCUCCUCUGGUGGUACUGUUCUUCCUAGCCCACAAAUACUGGAAAACAAGGAUCACAAUCGAUGCGGUUGAGAAGUUCCUACGGAUGCAACAAAUGGUCGGCCCGACAAGGUAUGCCUACACGGAUAUUGUCGCAGUAACAAGCCAUUUCAGAGACAAGCUGGGCCAGGGAGGCUAUGGCUCUGUGUACAAGGGCGUUCUACUCCCGGGCGAUGUCCAUGUGGCCAUCAAGAUGCUAGAUGGUAAAUCCAGCUGCGAUGGAGAAGAUUUCAUCAGUGAGGUCUCCACCAUCGGCAGGAUCCACCAUGUCAAUGUGGUGCGUCUGGUCGGGUUCUGCUCGGAGGAAAUGAGGAGGGCGCUAGUCUACGAGUAUAUGCCCCAUGGUUCUCUGGACAAGUACAUCUUCUCGGCCGAGAAGAUUUUCUCCUGGGACAAGCUCAAUGAAAUUGCCUUGGGCAUUGCCAGGGGGAUCAACUACCUGCAUCAAGGAUGCGACAUGCAGAUUCUGCACUUCGACAUCAAGCCGCACAACAUCCUUCUUGACAGCAAUUUCGUCCCAAAGGUUGCCGAUUUCGGCCUUGCCAAGCUAUACCCAAGGGACAACAAUUUUGUGCCGUUGAGCGCCCUACGGGGAACCAUUGGGUACAUAGCUCCUGAGAUGAUAUCCCGGAGCUUCGGCGUCAUAUCAACCAAGUCUGACAUUUACAGCUUCGGGAUGCUGCUGCUGGAGAUGGCCGGAGGACGGAGAAAUGCCGACCCGGGAGCGUCGAACUCAAGCCAGACAUUCUACCCGUCGUGGGUGUAUGACCGGCUAACCAAACAGGAACUGGGUGAGAUACGUGCUGAGAUGCAUGAGUUGGAGAGGAAGCUUUGUGUUGUUGGGCUUUGCUGCAUCCAGAUUCAGUCUCAUGAUCGGCCGGCGAUGAGCGAAGUCAUAGGGAUGCUCGAAGGCGGCGUGGAUGGCCUGCAGUUGCCUUCGAGGCCAUUCUUCUGUGACGACGGGCAGACCCCUGUAGCGGAGUCUUAUGAUUUCUGCUCUGGGCUGACUGCCAUUUCAGAGGAGCAUGAGUGA